AUGACAACCUCUACAUCAACCACUUCAACAACCUCAUCGACAACCACAUCGACAACAACAUCAACAACUUCAUCAACAACUUCAUCAACAACUACUACAUCAACUAGAUCGACAACUUCAUCAACAACUUCUACAACAACUACCACCGAAACUCCAACGUGUGCAACUUGGUUAUGGAAUACAACCGGUGAAACAGUGGCUGGAAUUACUGGUUCGCCAGGUAGUAACUCCAGUCAAUUAAAUGAACCAUGGAAUAUUUAUGUUGACCAAACGAAUGGUACUCUUUAUAUUGCCGACUCUAAAAAUCAUCGUAUUCAACGAUGGUUGGCAGGAGCAACAAGUGGUACAACUAUUGCUGGCACUGGCAUCUCAGGUUCAGGUGCAACUUCUCUCAAUAUACCGAGAGAUGUUUUUGUUGAUUCAGCACAAAAUAUUUAUGUUGCUGAUUCGGCCAAUAACCGGAUACAGUAUUUUCCUUAUGGUAAUACAACAGGAUUGACAGUUUCAUCAAGUUGGACUUCUGCUGGUUCAUUAUGGGGAGUUCAAGUCGUUAAUAACACAAUUUAUGCUUGUGAUAAUUCUAAUUCAGCUAUCUGGAAAAAUGGAUCAGCAGUAGCUGGUAAUCAAGGAACAGGUGCCGGUUCUAAUAAACUUAAUUUACCACAAGGCUUUGCUGUUGACAUAUCAAUUGCCGUAGGUACUGUUUAUGCCGUAAAUUCACAACAACAUACAAUAGUACAAUGGCUGGUGGGUGCUACAUCAGGAAAUGUAGUAGCAGGUAUGGAUGGCACAGCUGGUAGUACUUCAACCCAACUCAGAUAUCCUGUUUCUAUUAAACUUGACUCUUAUACAAAUAUGUUCGUUGUAGACAACAAUAACCAUCGUAUCCAACUCUUCUGUCGAUAUCCAAUAGUUAAUUUAACUGCACGUACUAUUGCUGGAACAGGUGUCUCGGGACAGACAUCUCAAACGUUCACUUAUCCAGCAGGAAUCGCCCUAGAUGCAUCACUUAACUUGUAUGUUUCCGACACAAGUAAUCAUCGCAUACAAAAAUUUCGACGUCUUCUCUAA